ACGACAUUUUCAUUAUGUUAAUGAGGAGCUUAUAUAUUUUAUUUCUGAAUGCUUAUCUGCAGAGAUGCAUACUAGUACACAUCUUGUGCAUUUUGUAUACAAAUGGACACAAUGUACAUGUUUAUUUAUAUGAGGACAUCACAGAUACAUAAAACAACGUCUGCCUUGAACACAGCAUCUUCAUGAGCUCUAGACUAGGGCAGAACUUGUUCUCUUCCUUCUAAUGUCAACAUCCUUCUCAGUCUAGUCUCUAAUAGUGUGAACUUUCUGCAUGCAGUGUGCAUGGCAAGAUAUCUAAUUGAAAUAGACAGGGAAUUUAGUUUAAGAAUGCCGAAGAGAACUAACCCUUUUGGAGACCAUACUUGCUUACAGCUAAAGACCUAUGUAAGGGAAAAAGAAGUUGACAGAGGAAUAAAUCAGCAAAUACGAAUGAAGUCUGUGUAUGAAAGAACCCAAGCCUUAUUAUUCACUGGCAUGAGGCAGUUGCAUGACAUGACGUCUGCUCCUGCUGUUUGUAGUGACAUUGAGAUCAUGGACAAUGAAAUUCUCCAUUGUAAAGCUGACAAUUCAUCACUGAAACAGCUUCAUUUAAAUUCUAAAUGUGAACUAGUCAAUGGUGAAAAUGAGGAAAUGGACACUGAGUGCAGGAGCUCACCAUUGACAGUUAUAUCAUCUUCACGGUUUGGUUCUAACUCUCAAAUAACUAAUUCUGAUGAAUGCCAAAGUCCUUCCUUCAAACCUGAGAUUUCUAAAGACACUUUCUGCAUUUUGCCACAAACAAAUGAGAAGGCUUUUUGUACUGCUGGCUCAUCACCCCUAACUAAACAGAUGUGUAAUCCCUUUGUGCUAAUGAAAUCAGCUCAGAGUAAAAUGCUUUCUAUUGAAAAAUCAUUUUUGGGAGUAAGAGCCUGCCAUAACUGUCGACUUCCGGUACAGUCUAAAGAUGUUAUGAAGUGCCAGUUUUGUGAAAACUAUGUCUGCUAUCCUUGCAUUCGGCAGUGUAGUGGUUGUCAUUUACAUUUUUGUCAUCUGUGCUCAGUAUUGAACUAUGACGAGUCAGUGGAAAAAGCUUAUUGUCUAAACUGUAGUGGUGCCAGAUUAACAGAUCAUUGAAACCCUGAGAAAAUGUUCACUAUUUUCCAAUAUGUGUAACACAUACAGUCCGACUGAUUUCAUAACUUUCUUCACUCUUUGCAUGAACUACUACAUGUUAUGUUAUGUUUCUGACACUGUACAUUUUUUGCUUAUUAUCACUUCUGUUAGGUUUUUAUUGAAGUUAUGUGUUUUUGUCAUUUCUAUAUGUGUUUUUGUCAUUAGUAAUGUUAGAUCUCUAUUCUGAUAAUGUGUAACUGUAGCCCACACAUUUGUACAUAUUUUAAUGAAUUGAAGAUAUUUUAAUUGUCUUUUAUUUUAAAAGUCUUUGCUAAAUUUCAACAUAAAUUGUAAACAAAAUUAUACAGCAACUUUGAACAGCCCAACUCAUUUUCUUACCUGAUGUUUGUCUCAGUUAACUAUUUUUAGUUUAUUUUAUAUGUAAUUACUGUAAGCAUAGGCAUAUUAUUGAUUUUUGUUUGUUACCUAAUAUUGACUGUCAUUGCAUUGCCUGUUCACUUCAGUUGCAUUCAGAGUUGUAUGUAUAUGUCAUCACUGAUCAUGUUAUUUGUUGGAAGAAGUGUUAAAACAUGUUGUCUGUGAUAUUGAAUGGUAUUCACAAAUACGGAUGAAACUUUGUGUGCUAGUGCUUGAUGUUAACAUUCAUUUUGAUUACUUUUUCUACUUUUUUGUUUGUUUUGAUCUCUAAAGUAACUAAUGAUGUUACUGGCAGCAUUUACAUUUUCUUUCUUUCUUUAGAUUAUACAUCACAUUUUGAUAGCAUGUCUUCUUGUAAAUUUGGGGUGAAAUAAUCAAAAUAAUUGUUACAUUUUACAGUUCAUUUGUGUUAUACAAAAACUAUCACUGAAUAAAGUAAAGAAAAUUGUU